GGACCCUAAUAUUGGACCCCAAAUAUCUACAGUAAGGCCUUUGCCUUGAUUCCCUUACAUUAUGUCUGAGGAAGAGGAUGAAGGGUGCUGGAGCAAGCUGGAACACUACCGGGUCAAACUGAUUUCCGUCAUUGACCCAAACAGGAUUACUCCAUACCUGCGCCAGUGUCGUGUCCUCAACAGUGAUGAUGAAGAGCAGGUUUUUAAUGACCCCAGCCUCGUUAUCCGCAAGAGAAAAGUGGGUGUCUUGCUGGAUAUCCUCCAGAGGACGGGGUAUCAGGGCUAUGGUGCAUUUCUGGAAAGUCUGGAGCUGUAUUACCCUCACCUGUACAUGAAAAUCACUGGCAAGGAGCCCUCACGUGUCUUUUCAAUGAUCAUAGACACUGCUGGCGAGUCCAGUCUGACCCAACUGCUCAUGAAUGAGAUGUUGAAGCUCCAGCAGACAAUCCAAGAAGAGCGCAGAAAGUACAAGGAGCUAAAUGCCCAGAUGGUGGAAAAGGAUGCCAGCAUCAGGCAGUUGCAGGUGAAGAACAGCGAGCUGAAGAAGUACCAGGAGAGGGUUCAGAAAAUGAAGGAAGAACGGGACAACUUCAACAAGGAGCUAAAGAAAUGCAAAGAUGAGAUCUAUGAACUAGCCAUGAAAUAUGCCCAGCUAAGCGAGGAGAAAACCAAUGCUGUCAUGAAGAACAGAGACCUACAGCUUGAGAUUGAAAAAUUGAAGCACAACUUGAUGAAUGCUGAGGAUGAUUGUAAAUUGGAGCGGAAACAGACACUGAAAUUAAAGAAUGCGAUCGAGAAGAGACCAAGCCAGGAUGUCAUCUACGAGCUGCAGAGGGAGAACGAGCUGCUGAAAGCCAAAAUGCAGGAAUUUGAUAAACCACUACAGAACAUGCCGAAAGGAGAAACGUCAGAGAAGACGCGACUGUACAUCCAGGAUCUUGAAGAUGAGCGUAGGCAGGCCCUGGAGCAGUAUCAGGACAUGGUUAACACAUUGUACACGCUUAAAAUGAGUUUGCGGCAGGCCGAGGACCUCCGAGAAAAGUACUUAGAAGAGAAGGAGGUUUUAGAACUGCAGUGCACAGCCCUGAAGAAAGACUCAAAGAUGUACAAGGAGCGAAUAGAAGCCAUUGUACAACAGAUGGAAGAAGUGUGCAUAGAACGCAAUAUGGCAAUUGCAACCCGAGAAGAAUUCCAUUCACAGUAUGCCAAAAGUCUGAAGGAUAAGGAUGCCUAUCGCAAACAGAUCCGAGAGCUAGGCGAGAAGUGUGAUGAGCUGCAGAUCCAGCUGAUCAGGAGUGAAGGAAAACUGCUAUCUCUGGAGACCAAGCUGAGGCAAACAGAGUCACCAUCGCUGUCCUCGGAUGCAGAUGAAUAUUCAUCAUGCCGCUCUCAAGAAACUACUAAUUCUAUCAGUGAGGACAAGACGCAACACGGUAAGAAUCGAUCAAGAUCACUAGAAAAUGGAGGGGAUCAUGAGGAGACAUCCAAGACAGAGGCAAACGCACACAGUCCCGUGAACCGGCAUUCAGGAGGAAAGAGGAAGAUCAAGAGCUUUGAAGAUUAUCGCAGGUAG